CAACGAACGAGGGAGGAGAGGGAUGUUGCGUCUGUGGAAAUGAAUCGCGCUCCGUUUCCAUACGUUACACAGAUGUAGGCUACAAUGUACUUGUUUAUUGUGACCUUGUUAUGAGUAUUUUUUGCAAUAACUUUGACUGACGCAGCGAGAUGGUGCGGCAGUAACGAAGAGAUAUUUAUCCUGUUGUAGCCUCCCAGGACAGUUGUGCGAUGCGUCGCUGAUUUGCAUUUUUUUCUGUAUACAGGCUAUCAGUGAUUGAUUCGUCAUCUUUCGUUCUUGAUACAACGCUGUCGCCGCAGAUAAUGUUGAAUUGAGCUCAAUAAUUUGACGAAUAGCGUAAAUGUUUUUGGAACAUUCCUGGAAAACAAUCAUGUAUGGAUCGAAGGACUUGUUUAUAGAUCUUAUGAAUUUUAUAUAGGAAUUCUGUGGGACUCCGUUCAACAUUAUCUAAAAUAGCACGGUAAGCAUGGAUAAUUUUCAUAACAUUGCCACAUAUAUUGGGUGUAUUGUAGGCAUGUCAUCUACUGUAACAUUGAAUUCUACUGGUACUAGGACUGUCAACAUACUGAAACCUACCAAGCAUAUUGCGUUGGUUUCUCCCAUCUCUCUAUUGGGUGAUCAAUGAACCUUUUACCGCAUGACCUCAAUGGUGAACUUAUACACGCGUUAUCUUGCCUGACAUCACCAUCAUCAAUCAAUAUGGGUUUUUAUUUAUCUUAGAAUAUAUGAAGACUUCGGUGUUUCUCUUGUUGUAAUGCUUAAUGAAAAUGUAUGUCAGGUGAUAUCCUAAACUGCAUUGUAAAAUAAUAUUAAAUAAUUAACCUACAGUGAAGGUCAAUAAAGAAGGGGGAAAUAUACUGCAAAUGCAUCAUUACACACACACACACACUCACACACAUUUGGAAUCCUUGUAUUAUUGUUCAUCAUUAAAUUUUACAUUUUAGUCAUUUAGCAGACGCUCUUAUCCAGAGUGACUUACAGUUAGUGAGUGCAUACAUUAUUAUUAUUAUUAUUAUUAUUAAAUCAUACUGGCCCCCCGUGGGAAUCAAACCCACAACCCUGGCGUUGCAAACGCCAUGCUCUACAUCCGGCCAUUCCCUCCCCUACCCUGGACGACGCUGGGCCAAUUGUGCACCGCCCCAUGGGUCUCCUGGUCGCGGCCGGCUACGACAGAGCACUUUCCUGCUUCUCAUUAGUAGCAGGAAAGUGACACUUAUACACAUGGAGGUAUAAUGUAUAUUAUAAACUGGGUGUUUCAAGCCCUGAAUACUGAUUGGCUGACAGCCGUGGUAUAUCAGGGGUAUGACAAAACAUUUAUUUUUACUGCUCUAAUUACGUUGGUAACCAGUUUCAAAUAGCAAUAAGGCACUUCGGGGGGUUGUGGUAUAUGGCCAAUAUACCACGGCUAAGGGCUGUAUCCAGUCACUCUGCGUUGCGACGUGCAUAAGAACAGACUUUAGCCGUGAUAUAUUGGACAUAUACCACACCUCCUCGUGCGUUAUUGCUUAAUUAAUGUCCUCUGACUCCAUUUUCUGUGCACGGUGCAGGUCAAGUGUGUCAUCAUGGAACCUACAGGCUCCACCUUGGACAUGCAGAUGGAGAGUGUUGAGAGGAGUUCAGUGUUUCUCAGACAGGAACAUCUCACCCUACUGCAUGGCCUACACCUGGAGAUCCUGUCCUUGCAGAAACGAUGCACCGGUGAGUAUACAUCACACACAAACAAUGACAUGACAUCAUUUCCUGUCAGUGACUAAUGUAUGGUGUGGUAUGUAUUUAAUCAGGCUUUGUGGCAAGCGAUGCUGGACAGAAUCCAUUAUAGAAUUAAUUAAUAUUAAUUCUCUCUCUCUCUCUCUCUCUCCUCUCUCUCUCUCUCUCUCUCUCUCUCUCUCUCUCUCUCUCUCUCUCUCUCUCUCUCUCUCUCUCUCUCUCUCUCUCUCUCUCUCUCUCUCUCUCUCUCUCAUAUCAUACAUAAUCCAUUGACAUAUGUCAUAAUCCAUAUGAAGGGGGCUCUGCUCUGUCCACACGUCAGCAGCAGAGAACAGAGCAAAAGAGAGAGAGAGAGAAGGGGGGGGGGGGGGGGGCGGGUCAGACCCUCUUUACAACAGCAGAGUUACUGCCAAGCCAAGCAGAGGCAGACCUCACUGCAGAACAAGAUGUAGCCAAGAAGGCCAUGAAGCAUCCCUAUCGAUGCAUCCCUUCUCUUCUUCUCUGCGCUCGGCUCUCCUACUGUUCAGUUAAAGGGCAUCACCACAUGGUGUUGUGGUUUGACUGACAGACUAGGCCCAUACACAGCAAAGAUGCUAAAGCCAUCAAAUCUUAGAUACAAACUCAAUGUAGUCUACUGUACUAGUCUAUCAGUGCAAUCAAUUCGUUUUCUUGGGACUAUUAACUUGAACUUGAACAGAGCAGGUUUACCUCAUUGAAUCCUCCCCCACUACAGCCAGGGUUUCCAUGAGAGGGAACCACAGGUCAAUACCUUCCUGUUCCUGGCAGUCAGGGGGUCUGAUUCCCCUUCUGGAGUCAUCCUCUCUGCUGGGGUUCAUCUAUCCAUCCUCCUCCUCUUUCUCUUUCGUCCUUCCUUUCUCUUUCUGCCUUUCUUUCUCUCUCCCUCUCUCUCUGUGGGGGUUGAUGGGAUUUGCUGAGCAGGCAAAGGAGGGGGAUAGGUUAAAGGAUUUACUGUGCUUAUUUGGGGAGGUAAACUGUCUAUUCAUGUGAGUGAGAGUGCAUAGACAGGGAAAUAAAAUAAAUACUGUACAGUAUAUUUUAGUAUUUGUCCUUGAGGGCAACCCAAGCAUGGCGUCUGUCUGUGCUGACUGGAGAAGUGCUUAGAGUCCACCCAGCUAAACAGAAUCAGUUUAACUCAAUGUACACAAGGCCCUAAUCAUGUCUGUCUGUACUGUCUGCCAUCAAGUUAAUUGACAGACUAGACGCAAACAAAUAGAUUGGACAUUCAAUGCUUCAACAGCACUACAGUUAAGAUUAGGGAUUAACAUGGGUAACAGGGAUCCCGGGACUGUCCCGGGAACACUCUUCACAUUUCCCCCCAAAAUUAAAUGAAAGACCUGAGAAAUUACAACAUUUCCCCCCAAUAUUGGCACUAAUGCAGGCCCUACACAUGCACAGCAUCAGAUCAGCCUAAAAUAAAAUAGCACAUUAUCCAAACAAGUUGUCACAUGGAAGCCUUUAGUCUAGAGUAUUUACUUCACACAAAGUCGCCAUAAAUUCAGAGCGCACGCAUAAUUGACACUGCCGGACUGCACACCGACCCGAAUGCAGUUCAACCCUACAGAAAACCCCUACAGUAGGCCUAUAGACUAUAAAAGAACGUGUGCCUCUUUGAGCUGUCAUUGUGAAUCUUCAGACAGUCACAAAUUUGAUAGGCCUAUACACAAUUCACUACAUAGGCGUCUCUGUCACAGACAUGAAGUCUGUUAACAAUUCAGAGGCAUGAGGAAUAUUCUAGCCUAGGCCAUUUUCCUAUCCAAUCCCAAUCCCACUGAAACCUAAAAUCCUGACUCCUGUCUCGCAUGAAAAUUCCUAACUUUAUUCUGUAAUCCAUAGGUUGCAUUAUCAAAGCACGUCUCUCGCCAAUGCAUGUCAAAAUACCGCUAUAACAUUUCCAUUGAUUCUCUGUGCUGUCUCAUAGCCUAGCCUACUUGCUGCCCAUAUGAGUGCUGAGGAAAUGUUCUGUCGACUAGUAUUUUGCUCCGCUCAUACAGGAGUAAUAAAGUCCUAGUGCACCAUUUUUGUAUAUAUAUUUUUUAAUUGUGAUUUAUCAGGGGUUCUGCAGCACCCUCAGCACCCCUACUUCCCACGGCUAUGAUGGCCACUUCCGAUUUUUACGGUAUUUCCCGGGACUCUCUGGAUAAAUAUGAAUUAUUCUCGAUAUUGAAACCUUUUUUGGGAAAGUAUGAAUCCCUAGUUUCGAUCAGCAUUAGCAUUUAGAGUCUUUCAAUGAGACACAUCACCGCAUUCCUUUCAGUGAGACACAUCACCGCAUUCCUUUCAAUGAGACACAUCACUGCAUUCCUUUCAAUGAGACACAUCACCGCAUUCCUUUCAAUGAGACACAUCACCACAUUCCUUUCAAUGAGACACAUCACCGCAUUCCUUUCUAUUUUUAUUUAUUUAAAUUCCUGAAAUCGAUCUAUUUGUCUCCAAUACUUACUCAUAUGAUUAAUUUCUGUCUCACACAUUACUCAUUCAUGUCUCUGUCUCACUGAUGUCUCAUUUCUUGUCUCUGUUUUCUCAGAGUUGACAUGUGAGCUGAAUGUGAAGCCUCCAGGCAAGAGUGAACUGGGUAAGUGCCCCCCCCCCCCCCCCCCCCCCCCCCCAUAGCAGUAUCCCUCACUUUACACAUCCCCCAAGGGUCAGCCCUGUGGUCGACCUCCCCUUCUCCCCUCUCAUCCUCACCCAUAGAGACCAUAUUCCAUAACAAACCAUCAUAUAGGGGAUUCACAUUUUAUGGCUUGAUCUGUUACCAGGAGGGGGAAACAUGUAGGAGGAUUGGAAUUGGGUAGAUUGGCAGCAGAGUGAAAUCAACAGUUCAUUUAUAUGAACCAUCAGACAAAAGGCUGUGUGUGUGCACGUUAAUAUUCCCUUAAUGGUUAGUUUGUUGUAUUAGAAUGUCUAGAUACAAGAUUGACAUUAUGCUAAUAUCUUAGCUUAGAUAAUUACAGAGACAGAGGGGAUGGGAGGGAAAGGGUGGUGGAGAGAAAGAGAAAGAGAGGAAGGAAGUGAUGGGGGGGUCAUGCCCAUCUGCAGCCCAUUAUAACUAAUCAAGACCCCCCUCUUUUUACAGAGCAGUCCAUCCCUCGCUCUAUCACUCCGCCACAGCCCCACUCCUCCAUCCUCGCAAAUUGAUCAAUUUUCCCUCCCCUCUCAUGCUCCUCUGUGCCCCGGUGGAGGGAUCCAAUUACAGUCUGUUUUCUGAGACAGAGAGAUGGAGGGACAAGGGAGGAAGGAAGGGAGUGGGGAGGAUGGUACGGUUAGGGGGGCACAAUAAAGUGUUAGAGGGACAGUAAGAGAAAGAGAGAGAUAGAGAAAGUGGUAAAGAGGGAGAGAGAGAGAGGGGAGGGGGAAAGGAUGGAGAAAUGGAGAUUAGAUUACACAGCUUUUUCUAUAUUUGGAGCAUGACCUCACCACCCUGGUCUAGUGGGCGACAGUUAGUGCAAGAAGUGAAGGGAGGGAGGGGAGAAAUAAAGAUGGAGAAAGAAAAAUCAGUAAAAUAGUGAUUGAGAUCAAGAGAAGAAUUAAGACAGAGGGAUGGAGAAAGAGGUAUGGGAUGAGAGAGACUGGAACAGAGAGAGGAAUUAAGAGGGAUGUGAGAGACUGGUACAGAGAGAGGGAUUAAGAGGGAUGUGAGAGACUGGUACAGAGAGAGGAAUUAAGAGGGAUGUGAGAGACUGGUACAGAGAGAGGGAUUAAGAGGGAUGUGAGAGACUGGUACAGAGAGAGGGAUUAAGAGGGAUGUGAGAGACUGGUACAGAGAGAGGAAUUAAGAGGGAUGUGAGAGACUGGUACAGAGAGAGGAAUUAAGAGGGAUGUGAGAGACUGGUACAGAGAGAGGAAUUAAGAGGGAUGUGAGAGACUGGUACAGAGAGAGGGAUUAAGAGGGAUGUGAGAGACUGGUACAGAGAGAGGGAUUAAGAGGGAUGUGAGAGACUGGUACAGAGAGAGGGAUUAAGAGGGAUGUGAGAGACUGGUACAGAGAGAGGGAUUAAGAGGGAUGUGAGAGACUGGUACAGAGAGAGGAAUUAAGAGGGAUGUGAGAGACUGGUACAGAGAGAGGAAUUAAGAGGGAUGUGAGAGACUGGUACAGAGAGAGGAAUUAAGAGGGAUGUGAGAGACUGGUACAGAGAGAGGAAUUAAGAGGGAUGAGAGGAGAGAAGAACAAGAGAAAGAGAGGAGGGUGAGAAAGGAGAUAGAGAAAGGAAGGGCUACUUAUAUGGAUAUCAGGUUCCUCCUAUUCUAAAAGUAAUCCAGCAAUCCUAACAUAGGCCUAACGAACAUCCCAACUGAUCAUUUUACAAUGAUUUCAUAUCAAAGUUUCAACUAAUCACAGCACCUUUUGCUCUUGUUGGAGAUUCUCCCUUCCCAUCCGUCUUCUUUGACCUAAUUCUUGGGUCAACCAGCGUACCAGAGGCUGUGGUGUAAUCCCUCUCCCCUGGCACAGCUGUCUGAGCCCAAAGCCACAGCUACAGUACAGCUACAGCUAGGUCUGACUAAGGUUGUUUUCCUACUGGAGGGAUUUAACUGUGAUGGAGUACUGUAGCUUUGACUUUGCCCCAAAAGCACAGCAAAUGUUGUACAAUGAUUUUAAACUAGCGGUUAAAACUGGAUGCAAUGACGUUAUCACAGCCAAUUCCUGGUGUAAUGACAUCAGUGCAGCCAAUUUUGUCAGCUGGGAAAGUAGGUAUUAUUGUGUUGAGGGGGCUAUCAGUAUGUUACUACAUUUAAUGUUAUAUCGGCCACCAACCCACCAAAACAAUCACCUUCCUUCCCCUCCCAUCACACCACCACUGCAUGUGAGCAGUCUGCCAGUCUGCUCUCUUCACUCUCUCUCUAAAGUGGGUAAGUGGUAGCAGAUGGCACACCCUGCCAGUGGCCAUGCCGUGGUUGGUAGAGAUUGGGUGGUGGCUACUGGCAGGGAUUUGCUCAAUGGCUCUGUAAUGCUUUGCCCAUAUGUGCUCAGUCUUCUGCCUUUGUCCAGGCAAUAUCUAAACCCACAUACCAUUUCCUAUCUACCAGAUUAUCCACAAAUGUACUUUGAGGGCAAAUUGGUGAUUGAGAGCAGCCAGCGCUGGUCACAUUACCUAAUUCCAUAUCCAUUUGACUGACUGGGUCAUAUUCAGACAGUGUGUUAUCUCUCUGUAUGUACUCUAUGCUCCGUUCUCUGGUCCUAUGUCCAGAUGAACAGGGGGUUGGGGGAUGGGGUUAGGAGGAGUGCUCUGUGUGGUCAAUAUGUCAGCAUGGGUAAUAGAUGGCAAGUACACACUGCCCUUAAUGUAAAUCCUGGCAGCUGCAUUUGGGGCUUGUUUUUCUGUCUGUAUGUUAGUUAUUUGUCUGUGAAUCUCUGAUGCGUCCUUACUAUUUGACUUGUGUGUGCUUAUCUGUUUGUGUGUUCGUGUGACCGUCCUCAGACCUGGCGGAGGAGGAGGAGCAGCUGGAGGCCCGCUGUCUGGAGGUCGAAGAUCGCCUGGCCAAGCAGCAGUGCACCCUGGGAGAGCUGCGUAAAGAGCUGACUCACAAGGGGGCGCUGGUAGGCGCGCUGCGGGCUAACCUCAAGGACAAGGAGCGCCGCUUCCUGGACGAGCUGAAGCGCCGCAGCCACCGCUCCACGGUGCUCAACACAGAGCUGCAGAAGCAGACCGAGGCGGCAGCCUACCUCUCCUUCCAGCUGCACGCUGCCCGCCAGAAACUGCACCACCAGCAGCUGCAGCAGAGGCAGCAGGCCCUCAGGGAGAACCAGGAGAAUAGGGAUCGUCGUCAUGGGAAACCCCCUGGGCUCCAGUACAGCCAAGCAGCCGAGUGGGACACCGCCACCUUUUCUCCUCAGUCGCCCUCCGGUUUCUCCAAUGCCUCAAACGCCAGCUCUGCCAUAGCCUCCCCUGUGGUCAAGCCUAAACGCAGGGGCAGCAGGGCCACGUCAGGGCACCAGCUCCGGGCGGAGAGGGCCAGGGAGUGUGUCCCCCAGGAGAGAGUGACGGGCCCCGCAGAGCCCACCGCCAUGCCUGACCCAGCGCUGUUCCUCCACCCUCACCGCAAGCACCACAGGUCCAGGGCCAGGCAUUCCCAAUCCCCGGCCCACAGACAGCAUCCUCUG